UGAAACUAAUUUGUAGUAACUCCAAAGUUUUGAGUCUUUCUCUAGCCUAAGCAGCAAUACUUGUGUCUGACAAUUCAAAGUACUCCCAAAGCAAUGUCUGGGGUUAGAGGAUGGAAGGAAGGCAGCAGGUACAGGACAGCUGUUGGCUCUAGUACUCCAUUUUCCUCUCAGGGUUACCCCUUGGAUGGCAACAACAAAGCAGAGAAGGGUAAAAACACCAAGAAGCUGACAACGUCUGGAGAGGAACAAAGCAGCCAAGCGCCGGUCUACCAACAACAGCAAGAGCAGCAUGUCAGCCCAUAUGUCUUGGUAACUCCAAAUGAAACCAGAAGAAAACAGUUGCAGCAAAUUGCUAAGAAAGAGCUAGAUGACCUGGAGCAGUGGAAGGAAGAGCACAGGCCAGGGCCGAUUACAUUGGUUCCACAGAGACUGGGUGGAAAGGAAUCAGAGGCUCAAGUAAGGCAAAAACAGCAAAUGAUGCUCAUGCAAUCUAAAUAUCAGCAAAAGCAUAAGAGAGAAGAAUAUGUAAAAGCAAAAAAGGCAGCUGAAGAAGCUGAAAUCCUGAAAAAGAAAGCAAUUCAGAGAGAAAAGGCAGAGAGACUUGAAGUUAAAAAAAGAAAAGAAGAAAUGCAAAGAAGAGAGAUGUUCCUUGAAGAUCAAAAUUACAAAACCAAUGAAUUAUUGAACAGAUUGCACCUGGGUUUGCCAAAGAGUGAUUCCUGUCAGAUUGCUAAUCCUGGCCCAGAAUCUACAGCAUGGACAAGAAGCCAUGCUUAUAAGCAAGCUCUUCGAGAGGAUGAUAACAGAAGAUUAGAGGAAAUGAAGCAAGAACAACGAAGGAAGGCUGAAUUAAUGGAAUUUAAACAAAAGCAGGAAGAGGAAGCCAGGACAAGAGCACAUCAAAAUGAACAGAGGAGGGUAAAUAACGCUUUCUUGGACCGACUCCAGAAGAAAACACAACCUGAUAAGAGCUACCAAACUGGAUAUACUGGACUACCUCAUUAAUGACACAAGGAGAAAUCUUGAGGUGCAUGACCUGCUUUUCUUUGGGACAAAACUAAACCAAACGAUGUUCCUCAAGAGUCUACUUAUUGAACAUUUUCUGCUGAUGGAGAGUCCACAAGACCAGACUAGAGCCAGACUCAAGUAAACCAUCUAAAAGUGAACCCACAAGAGUUGGGUCCUCAGCCCUGACUCCUUCAGUCUACAAGCUUGCUACCAUUGCACAGCCAUGCUUGGGUACCCCCACAGGGUACAGAAGUACCUCACAACCUUCAGAACCUGUCUUGAAGAAGAGUGCUUUACUGGUUGAACUGUUGUUAUACUGUAUACCACAUGUGUACCCUGAUUCAUGGCUAGGCUUCACGAAUGAAGAUUUGGGAAGGCUCUGUGUACCCUGAUUACUUUUGUACCAUAUGCACCAUUGAUUACUCUUGCCUUAGUGUGAUAUCUUGCAUUUAUGCACUUUGAAUGAAUGCUAUUUGACACUUCAUUUUUCAAGUUCUCCUUAAAUUCUAGCUCUGUCCUCCAAUGCAUUUGCUGUCCUUCUUGUCUUCAAGUCAUCUGCAAAUCUAAUAUUUGAUAUUUUCUUUUCCAUCAUCCAGGUGAUUAAUUAAAAUGUCAAGUAGAGUAAGAUCCAAGACAGAUCCCUCUAGCAUGCCACUCAGUAAAGUAAAUCAUUCCAACUGAACAGUGAACCAGAGAAAAUAUUCUUAGCGUAUAAUUAUCUGGUCAAUUUUAUCCCACACUACAGAAGAUCCACCAAGGCUAUAUAUGUGGAAAUCUUUUAAUGAGAAUGUUAUAUAAGACAGUGUUCAGAUCAAAAUAUGUGAAAUUAACUGCUUCAGCUCUAGCUGUAAAAUCUCGUUAUGGACAGAAAUUAAAUUAGUUUAAUGCAAUAUGUUUGUGAUGAAUUCCAGUGGACUAUUAUUUAUCUUCUUGCUAUCCUUCAGGGACUUAUAUAUAGUGUAGUCAAUUAUUUGUUCUAGAUUUUUUUUCUAGAAAUUGAUAUUGACUAAUCUUUUCCCUAUUUAAGAAUAAUGACUAUGAUUGUCUUUUUUCCUGUCUUCUGGUACCUUAUUUGACUUUUAUGAUUCUGAAAGGAUUCAUUUUGUACUACCAAAUAAAACAGACCGAGGAACACAGUCUGCCCCUGAGGCCAAGUGGCACAGCACAAUUCAUCUACACAUGGCAAAACUUUCCCCUCACUCAUCAGAAAGGAGUGUGGAUAUUCAAGCUGUCCCUCACCCAGUUUAUUCCCUAUCAGUGUCCAGAAACUGUCUGGGAAACUAGUAGAACAAAAAGACAAAAAUACGUCAGAGAAUUUUUAGCAAUAAUCAGUUGGGGUGGUCUUAGGACAGCAUGUUAGCCUAUAACCUGUCUCUGUUCUAUUUAUGACAGAGGUCAUAAAUAUAGGUAUAGCCAGAAAGUAACUACUAUACUAUUUGAGAUGGCCUAAAUCAGUUUACUGUGGUGGUGAUGAUGAUGACAAUGCUGCUCAGCUCAGUGUUUAUGAUGCAAGAUCUUUUUAUCCCCCUAAGAACUGCAAUAACAACAUGGGGAAUGGGAGACGUUUUUUCAAAACUGCAGUGAUAUAAAUGCCAAUUUAGUUUAGGAAUCUAACUCUCUCUUUGCUCUACACCCACCCCAUAACGAAUGCUUCCUUUCUUUUCAUUAUAUCUACUUUCUUUCCUUGAGUUGCUUACUUGCUCUCAUUUUCAAAUGACCUUGUUAUUGUAAUUCUGUAAUAUUAUCUGCUACCCAUUUCAACCCAGGCCUUCUUUUUAGUUAUCAUAUUGUUACAUUGUGCAAGAAUCAUAAUUCGGUUCUGUCUGAAAGACAGAACCCCCAGCUGCUACAUAAUGCAUGUACAGAUUCAAUGCAUUUCUAAUGCUGAGAUUUUUUCUUCUUUUCCAUUGUUCAUAUAAUCAGAAAUAUUC